UUCUAAUAUUAGUCUGAAUUUAAAUAAAAACGGGUAAAUUAUUUUUAUCGACUGGCCACACAGUUGGUCGCUUGGCGGGGCGCGGCACUCCGGGCGACACUUGGAGUCUAACGCUCGUGGCGUGCGGACGUAUUAAGUUAUCUAUUGUGUUACAAGAAAUAUAUAAUCUGAGCUACUUGAGUAUUGGUUUGAUUUAACCCCUCGGCGACACCCGAAGUGUUGAAAGGCAGUUUUUACAUCUCAGAAGCCAGGGAUAAAGAAAUAAAAUAUGAUGGAGGCAAACGAUGUUGGACGGAGUGCAGAAACUCCCCGGCGCAGCCGAUCGCGCUCCAGGCGUAGCCUCACUCGCGGGCGCGAUCGCGACUCCAGUCGACGCAGCCCCAGCUACUGCCGUCGGCUACAAGAUAGGGAAGAGGCGUUGAAGAAAGAACAGAAGCGGGUCCGGCAGCUGGAACUCGAACUGCAACGAGAGCGAGACGCAGAGCAACAUCGUCAGCGGAGCGUGCGUCGUGGGUCAACACAAAGGCCGACGCGCGACGCCCGCAGCCGCAGCCGCAGCCGCAGCCACAACCGAAGCCGCGGACGACACCGCAGUAGCAGUCGUGUGUUCCAUGGGCACCACCGAGGAGAUUCUAAGAGGUCAUGUAGUCCAUUAUUUUCUUCUAAAGACGUAACUCAAAUAAUUCAGUCUAUUAAAGACAUCUUCCCGUCACAGCCGGGCCAUAGCACACAAAUUUCGAAUAGAGAUAGUAAAAACAUUAUACCCGAGUUUAAUCCUUCGGAGAAAAACCAGCGUAUGGAUAUUUGGCUUAAAAAGGUUAAUGAAUGUGCGAUGGUUUACGGCUGGGACGAGAGGAGCACAGUACAUUUUGCUAUGCAAAAACUGUCUGGAUUAGCGAAAAUAUGGUAUGAAAGUCAGAGCUCGAUUUUGUAUAGCUGGUCGGAGUGGCAAACCAAGUUAUUAAACGCUUUUCCUUGCGAACAAAAUUAUGGACAGCUGCUUGAAGACAUGUUAAAACGCAAAAGUAGAAUUAACGAACCCAUACAGAACUAUUUUUACGAAAAACUUUCUCUACUU